CAACAUGGAGGUCACAUCUCUCUGCUUCAGAGUGCUGAGUGUCAGUUUUUAUAUAUUCUUGUACACUGAAGCAUCUAUGGCUGAUAUACAACUUUCCUCCUUUGUUUAUUCAGUGAUCUUUGAUUUCAUUCUGCUGGGGACACAAGUUCAGAAUCAUUAUACUCAGGGAAGUGGUCCUGCUUUUCUUCGUAUUACUCCAAACAGACUGCAGCACUUUCAAUUUGAGUCUGUGUCUUUUCACUGUGAGGGGACUGAUGGGUCCAUUCAGUUGAAGGGGAUCAGCAAUACUGAGGAAUUGAAUAAUUUGACCAUUGAUAGAGCCUAUCCAGAAGACAGUGGAGAAUACUGGUGUGAGACUAACGGAGGAAAAACAAGCAACAGAGUCAACAUCACUGUCACCGCUGGUUCUGUGAUCUUGGACAGUCCUGCUCUUCCUGUCUUGGAGGGAGACAACGCAACUCUACAUUGCAGAAACAAGACUAUCUCCAACCUGCUGUCUGAUUUCUACAAAGAUGACCUCCUCAUAGAGAGCAGCUCUACAGGAGAGAUGACCAUCCUCAAUGUUUCCAAGGCUGAUGAAGGCCUCUACAAGUGCAGACUCUCUGGUGGAGAAACCUCACCAGGAAGCUGGCUGGCUGUUAGAGAACUUCACAUAGAGGCUUAUAUCUGCACGGACCAUUUUCUUCUUAUUCUCCUGUUAAGGACUGUGCUCACCAUUGUGAUGGUGGCUCUGCUGUUGCUGCUGGUGGGACUACUUCACUGUGGGAAACUCAAAGUUACACACAGAUAUGUUUGUAUAUUUUCAGAAUGAAUGUGAUAUAGCCAUUGAGAUCAGCAAACAAAUUGCUAUUCCUGGUAAUUCUAGCCAAAGGAAACACUGAUAGCGUCAAGGAAAGGCUAGAAGGUCCUGCACACUGUUCACCAAAACAUUUUUUAAAAAGCCAUAUAAACUGAAAUAACAAAAUUUUAAAGCAGUUUUAAACAGAUCAGACUGUUCGAACAUAACUCUGUUUGGUUGCUUAACCUGCAUACUCGUUCACAUUUUUAAACAGUAUGUGUUCACAAUGUGUUAGCGUUAAGUACAGGCUCACAGUGGAUGUGCUAGAAAUCUUUCCCUCUGUAAUGUUUAUAUUAUAUCUUAUUAUAUUAGGGAAGUAAAUUAUGUUUUCUUCUUUGCUGUUAUUGCUGUGAUUGUAAUAAAUAAAAGUAUUCAGGCAUGAGUAAUGUGUCAGUGUAUGUGUGUUUCUGUGAAUUACUAAGA